AUGGAUGACGCCCAGUCUCGUUUUAUAUCCCUCGAGGAAGGGGGAGCCGAACUGCGACACGUUGUCUCAUCUCUCUCACUCCAGAUCUCGAACCGAGAUGGCGCCCAGGAUGCGUCCAAGGCACUCUCUGCAGACACACAUACCAACAGCAAGGAUGUAAGCACUCCAGUACCUUCAAAGUUAUCUCUGUUCUACGGCAGAGGAGAUAUGCGAUCCUACCUCUCAACCCCCGAUCCCAGAUUUGAUGAGGACGCAUGGCUCCACGAUAAGCCUCCCAGCUGGUUCUGGCAAAGAGGCUUCCUUCUCUGGGCCAGACAGGGUACCGAAUGGGCCUUUCCACACGACGUAUUCUCAUACCUACAGCAUGAGAACGCUGGAGAAUGCCCCGCUGGAAACAGUUGCGAUCAUUGGAGAAAGGGAAGCGACCCUUCUCUGGGAACUGUGAUUUUGGAAGUCCUUUGUGCUGAGGUUAACACAUUCAAGGAGUGUCUUCGUCUCGGAUCGACCCAGUGCCCCGACUAUGAGAGAGUCCACAGAAAGCCAACCGUUUUCUUCAAUAAACUGCGGCCCAAAUUCAAGGCUCUGGAAACCCUGGAGGGUAUAGAACCCGAUCGAUUCUCAGUCCUGAUGUUUCGAGUCAUCAAUGGCCUAGUUGGCCAAAACCAUUGGAUGGAUAAGUUUGGGAGGCUGAUUGAUUUCGACGAGCUUUGGACUGAAUAG